AAUGAUAUUGCAUAGCAGAGAUUCAGGUGUAUUAGAUAUAAGUGAUAAUACUUUAUCUGUUGCAUCAGUAGUGGAACCUCAGAAAAAACCUAUCCAAAAAGAAGAAAAGCUUCCAGUUAGUGAUUUGGAGUUGAAUAUUUCAAAAACACAGCCAUCUGUUGAAACCAUAACAAUGCCUGUAAAACAUUCUCUGAAGGAGAAUAAUAAUGAAAAAGGAGGUGAAAAAUUAUUUUAUUCAUCUGAUAGGGAAAACACAUCAAAGUCUGCUUUUCAUUUAAUACAUCCACCUGAAGAAGCUGAGCAUGCCUUGUCUGAGGUGUCUGAUGCAAUGCAUAUUAGCAGAGAUUCAGGUGUAUUAGAUAUAAGUGAUAAUACUUUAUCUGUUGCAUCAGUAGUGGAGGAGGGGCAUAAAGAAACAAGUAAGGAACAUGAAUUGCUGGGAGAAACUGAUUAUUAUGUGACUGGAUUACAUGGUUCAUUAUCUGCAUUUAACAAAACUGUAGAUACAUCAGACAUAAGUAAUGACGCUUUUGUUUUUACAUCAAGAAUGGAAGAAAAGUGUAAAGAAACAAGUGGAAAGCUUUCACUGCUUAGUACAUCUGAUGUAGUAUCUACAUUUAACAAAGAUGUUGAUGCAGUGGAUAUAAGUAAUACUGCCAUGUCUGUUACAUCAAGAAUAAAAAAGGAGCAUGAAGAUGAAAGUAGAGAAUAUAAAAUGAUUGUAGAAACCAAGCAUGCUGUAAUUGGUGCAUUUGAUGCAAUACCUACAAUUAGCAAAGAUGUAGCUAUAUCAGAUGUAAGUGACGAUACUGUGUCUGUUAUGUCAGAAAUGAAGAACAGUUAUAAUGGUAAAAGUGGGGAACAUGAAUUGUCUGUAGAAAUGCAUCAUGUUUCAUUUAGCAUGUCUGAUGCCAUUCCUACAUUUAGCAAAGAUGUAGCUGCAUCAGAUCUGAGUAAUAAUACUGUGUUCACUAUAUCAAGAAUGAAGGAGGAAAAAAACAAAGAACCUGAAUUUUGCAUAAAAACUGAGCAAGUUCUGAUUGGUACAUCUGAUGCAAUAUCUACAAUUAACAAAGAUGUAGAUAUAUUGGAUCUAAGUAAGGAUACUGUUAUGUCAGGAAUGAAGGAAGAUUAUAAAUCUGAAAGUGAGAAACGUGAAUUACCAGUAGAGAUGCAUCAUAUUCCAUUUAACACAUCUGAUGCUAUACCUAUGUAUAGCAAAAAUGUAGACACAGUAGAACUAAAUAAAGUUGAUAUGCUUAAUACAUCAAGAAUGGAGAAAGAAGUUAAAGAAAAGAACAAAGAACUGGAAUUGCCCAGAGAAACUGAGUAUGUUUCAAAUGUUACAGCUGAUACAAUACCUGCAUUUAACAAAGAUGUAGUUAGGUCAGAUGUAAGUAAUGUGUUAGUUAUCUCAAGACUGAAAGAGGUUGUGGGUAGAAGUGAAGAGAAUGACUUAUCUGGAGAAGCUCUGCGUGUUCCAAAUGAUACAAUACCUACAUUUAAUGAAGAUAUGGAUGCUUCAGAUAUAAGUAAUGUAGUUGUGUCUGUUACAUCAAGAAUAAAGGAGAAGUAUAAAGACAAAAGUAAUGAAUAUGAAUCGCCUGGAGAACCUGAUCAUCUUUUAAUAGGUGCAUCUUAUACUAUACCUAAAUUUGACAAAGAUGUAGAUGUGUCAAAUAUAAGUCACGAUGUUGUAUCUGUUGUCUCAAGUUUGAAGGAGGAGCCUAGAGAUGAAAGCAAAGAGCAUGUACUGCCUGGAAAAUCUGAACAUGUUCUGAUUGAAACAUCUGAAGCCAUUGACAAAGAUGUAAAUUUAUCAGAUGUAAGUAACGAUAUUGUAUCUGUUACCUCAAGUUUUAAGGAGGAACCUAAAGAUGAAAGUGAUGUGCAUUUAUCGCCUGGAGAAAGUGAGCAUGUUCUGAUUGAAAAAUCUGGUACAGUACCUAAAUUUAACAAAGAAUUAGAUGCAUCAGAUGUAAGUCAUGAUGCUAUGUCUGUUACCUCAAGUUUGAAGGAGGAACCUAAAGAUGAAAAUGAUUUGUAUUUAUCGCCUGGAGAAUCUGAGCAUGUUCUGAUUGGAAAAUCUGGUGCAAUAUAUGCAUUUAACAAAGAAUUAGAUGAAUCAGGUGUAAGUAAUGAUGUUUUGUCUGUUACCUCAAGCUUGAAAAAGAAACCUAAAGAUGAAAGCAAAGAAAAUGUUCUGAUUGAAACAUCUAAUGCAACUUUUAUACUUAACAAAGAUGUAGAUGCAUCAAAUGUUAAUAAUGAUGUUGAGUCUGUUACACUGAAAAUGGAGAAUAAACUGAAAGAAAAACACAAACAUGAAUUGCUUAGAGAAACUGAACAUAUUCAAACUGGUGCAUCUACAUUUAGCAAUACAGAUAUAUCAGAAACAAAUAAUAUUUUAUCUAUUGCAUCUACAGCAAAAGAGGAGCAUAAAAACAGAAAUGAUAAUGUGUUAGUUAUCUCAAGACUGAAAGAGGUUGCGGAUAGAAGUGAAGAGAAUGACUUAUCUGGAGAAGCUCUGCAUGUUCCAACUGAUACAAUACCUACAUUUAAUGAAGAUAUGGAUGCUUCAGAUAUAAGUAAUGUAGUUGUGUCUGUUACAUCAAGAACAAAGGAGGAGUGUAAAGAUGAAAGUAAAGAAUAUGAAUUGCCUGGAGAACCUGAUCAUCUUCUAAUAGGUGCAUCUGAUACUAUACCUAAAUUUGACAAAGAUGUAGAUGUGUCAGAUAUAAGUCACGAUGUUGUAUCUGUUGUCUCAAGUUUGAAGGAGGAGCCUAGAGACGAAAGCAAAGAGCAUGUGCUGCCUGUAAAAACUGAACAUGUUCUGAUUGAAACAUCUGAAGCCAUUGACAAAGAUGUAAAUUUAUCAGAUGUAAGUAACGAUAUUGUAUCUGUUACCUCAAGUUUUAAGGAGGAACCUAAAGAUGAAAGUGAUGUGCAUUUAUUGCCUGAAGAAAGUGAGCAUGUUCUGAUUGAAAAAUCUGGUACAGUACCUAAAUUUAACAAAGAAUUAGAUGUAUCAGAUGUAAGUCAUGAUGCUAUGUCUGUUACCUCAAGUUUGAAAAAGGAACCUAAAGAUGAAAAUGAUCUUUAUUUAUCGCCUGGAGAAUCUGAGCAUGUUUUGAUUGGAAAAUCUGGUGCAAUAUCUGCAUUUAACAAAGAAUUAGAUGAAUCAGGUGUAAGUAAUGAUGUUUUGUCUGUUACCUCAAGCUUGAAAAAGAAACCUAAAGAUGAAAGUAAAGAAAAUGUUCUGAUUGAAACAUCUAAUGCAACUUUUACACUUAACAAAGAUGUAGAUGUAUCAAAUGUUAAUAAUGAUGUUGAGUCUGUUACACUGAAAAUGGAGAAUAAACUGAAAGAAAAACACAAAAAUGAAUUGCUUAGAGAAACUGAAUAUAUUCAAACUGGUGCAUCUACAUUUAGCAAUACAGAUAUAAAUAUUUUAUCUAUUGCAUCUACAGCAAAAGAGGAGCAUAAAAACAGAAAUGAAGAAAAUGAAUUGCAAAGUAAUCAGUGUACAUCUAGUCAACCUCAGAGCAGUGGAAAAGCCUAUGUGCAGUCAGAAGUAGCAAAAGAUCUGCCUUCCAUUCACACUACAAAUCUAAGGCUUGUUCCUGAAGCAGAUUCUAGUCAAUCUCAGAAAAUGUAUGUUGGAAGCAAAAAUAAAGUGUAUGGAAAAGUAGAGGCCUGCAUGUUAGAAAGAAAAUCAGAGAUGCCCUUUGAUGAGGAUUUGCCUGAAGUUCAUCAGAUUCUUGUGAGUAAUAAUUCUGAACAGAAAAUUAAUUUUGAAGAAGAUAGAAAGACCUUUAAUAAUACAAGUAAUGAAAUUCCUAGUAUUUCUGAUUCAAAAAUUCAGUAUCUGCAUAAGGAAACUGAACAUUCAGUAAUGAACAUUUCUGGUGUAUCUGCAUUUGAAAAUGCUACAAUAGCAUCAAGUACAAGUAACUUUACUCAGGUUACUUCAGAGCAGAGAUUAUAUCAAGAAGAUGGUGACAAGAACGUAAAGAAAUCAAAAAAGAAGAAGCAAGAUAAAUUGAAAGUUACUGAAUUGCAACAAAUUAAUACUUCUGACCGAGAUCAAACUGAUGAUACAAGUCAUAGUAUAGAACCUGGAUCUGAACACAAAAAUCUACAACCUGAAAGGGUUUUUCCUGCUGUGGAAUCUUCUAGUUUUCUAGAGAUGCUUGAAACAUUUGUUGAAGAUCAGCUGAAAUCUUUGUCAAACAUCAAACAUCAGCUCGAGAUAUUUAACUCUGUUGUUAGUCUUCAAAUCACUCAACAUGUUUCUGUACAUUACAUACAGAGCUACUGUACUCAGCUGGAAAAUUUUCAAGUGCAGAUAGAAACAUUUAAAAGUGAAGUUAAAAAGGUUGAAGAAUUUUGCAAUUUAUGUCCUGAACAUUAUCUUUAUGCUGGUACUGAAGAAAGUUUAGUGGUUCAUCUGUCUGAGACUGCUUCUGAACUGGAAAAGGUUAAUACUAUGUUGUCCCAGAAAAUAAUGAAGACAAAAGGUUUAUUAACUAGCAGAGUUGAUGAUCAUUAUUUACCAAAAGAGGAAGCUGUAGAUUCUACAUUGUUUCAAAAUAACAGUGAAAUAUCUGUUUUGACAAAAUCACUUCUUCAAUCAACAUAUCUACAAGAAGAUCUUUUGAUCAAUAUGCAAAAUAUUUUACUCUCUGACACUGUGAUAGACAAAGGGCAAUCAUUACUUUUAUCAAAAGAUAUCUCCACACAGUCUCAUUUAGAGUAUCUAGUUAAUAAGGAAACUGAAUGUAAUAUUCUACAGAAAAAUGAUCAAAGAAUUGAAGAAAUUUGCAUUCCAAGCUUACCUUCAACCAGUUACUUCCCCUUUGUUGAAUCUCAAAAAACUCUUUUCAUGCAGAAAUUGGCAGAAAUAGUUGAUGGGCUACUUCAGCAAACUGUGGAUGAAACCAGUUCGCAAAGGAUUGACAAAGUUCAUUAUUAUUAUGUUCAAAUGGUACAAACUAUGUAUCAGUGGAUUGAAUUUUUGGAGAUCUGGAUUUUGAAAAUUUCACAGUUGUCAGUGGACCAACACACAAAUGAAUGCAAGCUUCUAGAAGGAGAAUUAGAAAUUAUCCAGCAGCAUAUUAAUAACAUCAAAGAAGUUACAGAGAUUAUUUCUAAAGAUUUACCUCCAGAAAUGAAGGAAAAACUUCUUUCUCAUAUUUCUUCUCUACAAAUGAAAAUUGGCUCCACUAAAGAACUUGCUGGAUCAUUGUUUAUGCAAAUUUCUUUGUGGAACAAAGAAAAUCUAAGAAUUGAGGAGCAACACAAAAACUUGACUUUAAACCUUGCAUCUCUUAGAAAAGAACUGGAUGUUAUAGCAGAUAAUGACUUGUUUCGAGUACCUGCUGCUAAGGCUUUGAAAAGAAAUGUGUUUAAUUCUUCAUUGGAAUUGGAGAGUAUGUGUCAAGAGAAACUGGACCUAAAUCUUCAAUGGCCUGGAUGUGAAACAACAAACUAUGAAAGUGAAUUGGUUUGCAUUAAAGAUUUAAAGUUAAAGGUGCUUGAUGUUUACAUGAAUGCAGUCUUGGCUAAUAAUACUGCCAGGAAAUAUCAGUUAUUGUCUGAAGUGCUUGCAAGGUUUUUAGUUAGCACUUCAGAAAUAAUGUCAGAUCCAUUCAUCACAACAACAGAAGACCUGAAAAUAAAGUGUAAUAAUGCAAAGGAUUUCUUAUCUGCAUUGAUAUUAUUGCUAUGUCUGGCCAAAAAAUAUUUCCUGUUAUGUGAAAAGGACCUCAGUCCUGAAGCUGUUGCCACAUUUAACACAUUAUUAUCAAGAACUUCUGUCUUGAUAAAAGAAAUUGAAGACAAAAUCAAGGAGUGGUACUUCUGUUCAAAAAAUUUAGAUGAAUUGCUGAAUCAACUUCAACAGAAUUCCAUUUGGUUACAAGAAAAAUAUCAAAUGGUCACAAUUCAGUCUUCUAACAAGAAGAACUAUAAAAAAUAUAUUGCAUCUAUGACUAAUCUUCAGUUUGAUAUUCAGGAACAUUUUCUGCAAGUCAAUAACAUUCAGAAACUGUUUAAAAAAGUGUGUACUGUUAUUAAGUGUCCUUUUGUGGAAAUAACUAUGACUGAAUUUUUAACUAAGUAUGACCAGUUGGUGGAAAAUAUUGAGAAUGAACUUGCUUGUGUUAAAGUUAUUUAUGCUCAAUAUUCAGAAAAUGAAAAACGUCUAGAUGAAUUUCAGAAUUAUUCUUCGGAUCUGAACAACCGAACCUGUGAUAUUUUGCAUAAAAUUGAAAGUAACCAAGAUGACAAAUCAACUCUAUUUCAAAAUAUCCAAACUGUUAUUGAACUGGAAUCGGAGAUUACAGAGAAUGAAAAUGCAUGUUUGGAAAUUGAAAAUGCAGUAAUAUCGUUAGCCAUGUUUGAUCCUGAAGAAAAGAGUGUUUUAAAAGUUAUCCAUGGAACAUUUGAUGAUUUAAAGGCUGCUGUGAGAAAAAAGAAGUUGAUGAUGUUGAAUGAAAUAAGAACUCUUCCAGAAUCUGAAAUUGAGAAGGGAAUAAAUUUGUGGCUGAAUAAAAUAGUUGAAGCAUAUCGUAGCUCAAAUGUUUCAGAAUUUACUUCUUUAGCAGAAAUUCAAAUGUACAGAUAUAAACUUCAUGGAUAUUAUCAAGAACUUGAUACUAUUAGAGAAAUAUUGACUGCUAAAGGAAAAGUACUGUAUGUCACUUCAAAAUCUGAAGUCUUUAAUAUGGAUCUAAUUCAAGAAACAAUCAUGGAAUUUUCCAGUUGUAUUUCAGAAGCUGAUAAUCUUGUACUUCAUUGGUCUGCAUUUAAUGAAAUAUCAUCAAAUUUAGCAUCUUUCUUGCAAGAUAUGCAAACAUCAGUCAAUAAUCUUGCAACAAAAAAUCUAAAUAAUGAAAUCUGUCUCUUAAAUAAUGUUGCUAAGAUUAAAAAAUUUCAGAAAAUGUUGUUUGAAAAAAGUAGCGAUAUUGAAGAUGUGAAACGAAUAGGUGAAAUAAUAUCAAAGUCUAAUAGUGAGCAAUUAAAGAACUCUAUAAAGUCUACAGAAAAAAUGUUGAAUCAGCUUCAAUCAGAAGUUUCUUCUGCAAUUUCUUCAGUGAAACUCAUAACAGAAAAAAAUUUUGAUUUGUGGAACAAAUAUGUGGAAUCUGUAGAAUUAUGCUGGAUAUUUUUAACUGAGCAAAAAUAUCUGUUGAAUAUAUAUAGUGAACCUGUGCUAAAUUUGGAGCAUUUGAAUUAUAACAGUUUAAGGUUGAAUGAUUUAUUGCGAGAAAUUGAAUGCAAUGAGACAAUUUUACAAAAUGCCAUAUCAAAGGGCUCUAAUGUUAAAGAAAUUAUCAGUGCAAGCAAUCAUUCUACUGUGAACUCAGAUCUGAAAAUGUUAGAAAAUCACUGGCGAUGCCUUUGUGACGACUGCAGCACACAUCUUACAGAUCAGCAAUGUCUGAUUAUAGAAUGGAGUGAAUAUUUAAAAGAACUGGAGUCAUUGCAUAAAUGGAUCAUGAAAAUGCAAAAUCUCUUGCUAUGCCUUAAUUUAAAUAGACCUUAUCCCAUUGCUGAGUGUAAUGCUGUUUUUCAAGAACUGGAGGAUAAUAAAUGUACAUUGACAUCCUUACAAACGAAAUAUGAACUGAUGAAUAGAAGUUCUGUAUUGCACUCCUUGACAAAAGAAAAACUUAAAAACAAUCUGCUUUCAACAAAAAAUGCUUUUGAUUCACUAGAAAGUAUCUUAACGUAUUGCUGUGAUAUAUUUUUGGAGAUCAACCAUGAGAAAGAGGAUUUGGAAAAAAAUCUUAAUAUAAUCAAAGGCUUUUUGAAUACAACUGAAAAGGACUUAAGUGAUGCCAUUCCAUGUUCUAAGGAAGAUAUUGGUAGAAAUCUAGAAAAUACUGGGGUCUCUGUUUGUGAUACUGCAUCCCAUUAUGCAUCUCUCCAGUGUAUGAGAGGAGAAAUUUCUCUUGGAAAUAUCACUGAUUUCUCUAUAAUAUGCAGUCUGUCAACACUUCUUCUCCAAAUUCAAGAGCUAAUAUCCAAACUAUCUCGACAUUACUUUAGGUUGACAGAAGCUUAUUCUAAAAAUGCAUCCUUCUGGGAAAAUUAUAUUUUAAUUUUUAAAUUCCUCAAUACAUUUAGACAGUUUCAAGUGAAAGAGAUUCCCCUGGAUUAUAGGAAUUUAUUUAUCCAUUAUCUUAAGUUUCAGAUACUAGAAGUUUAUAUUCAUUGCCAUGAAAUUAUUGUACAACAUAUGAUGGAUACUGGACUUCAGCAAACAUCCACAAGGAGUGAAGUUUACACUGCCAGUUUUCUUAAGAUUUUUAACAAAUUUCAGAUGGAAUGGAGCUCCUUAGAAACCACAUAUGCAGCAAAAAUGUCUAGAAUGAAACAAAUUCUUUCUCUGUGGCAGAAUUAUUUAUUUUAUGUCUAUAAGAUACGUUCAUGGAUGCAAAACAUUAAGAAGGAUAUUCAAGUGACUCCACAAAUUUUAGAAGUAAAUGAAAUAGCAGCAGAGUUAGAUAAGUUACAGAAAUUUAUUGACAGCUCUGCUACCAUUAGAAAGUUUGUGGCAAAAGCAGAAUGUGCUGCUGAAAAGCUGUGCUCUGUGUUGAAUCGUGAUAUAAUAAAUAAUAUCAGAGAACAAAUGCUUAGUUUUAAGCACCAAAUUCAAAUGCAGGAAAAUAUGUUAAGUUGUCACAAGGCAGAAUUGGAAAAGUUACAUGAUUUAUUGGAAAAAUUGAAGUAUGGUAUUGAAACCGCUGAAGAAACUGCUCAGUCUGUUGAAUUAUUCUUAAAACAGAGCAUUCCAGAGGCCUAUAGUGAUUUAAAAAUUUAUAUGGAGCAAGCUAAAGAAAAGAAGGAAAGACUGAAGAAAAUUGUGGAGGAACUAACUAAUUGGAACCAUAAGGUUUUAGAAUUAGAAGAAAAAUGCUUAUUUUCUGAUUAUCAUGAAGAAAUUAAUAUUCAGAAGAAUGCAGCUCUUCUGCUUAUUUGCAAAUUAGAUAAACUUAAUAGCACCAUUACCUGUAGUUUGGAAAAGCGGACAGUAUUUAACAAAAAAUCAAUAUUAUUACUGCAGUGGAAUGAUUUCUUAGAAAAAAAAAUAAAACAGAAAUAUUUGGAACCAUCUGAAAAAGUUAUUACCAAAUUGCAAGCAAUUCAAGAAGAAAUAGACAAAAAGAAACCAGAGUUCGAGGAAAUAAUAACAUUAGGCAAUCUGUUAUUAAAAGACACAGAUACUGAUGACAAAUUUGUUCAAGAAGUAACUAAUUUGAAUACUGUUUUACCAAGAGUCACAACCUUGCUAAAUGACCAGUUAGAGACUUUGAGGAACAUCAUUGAGCAAAAAAGUUCAAUCAGCUCUUUUAUUGAAGAAAUUACUCACAUUUUAUCUGCUUCUGAAAGUUACAUAUAUUUACCACUUCAAUAUUCUGAUACUUCUGAUGAAGAAAUCGAUAGAAAUUUGAAUAAAACUCAGGCUGUCCUAGAUAAUCUUGAAGCCAAUUCUGGGAAGUUAAUAAGUAUGGGCAAUAGCAUGGAUGCACUUCUCUCAGAACCCACUGUGUAUUUUAGUUCUAUUGAGAAAAGUACCAUGCAAAGAUCAUGCAAAAGACUUUUGCAGCAGUGGACUAAAUUAAGAACCAUGACAUUUGAAAGACUAACAUAUUUCCAGAAUAUUAAGUUAUUGAAGGAAAGAAUGCUAAAUUCAAUGGACUGUCUGGAGAAAUGGCUUUCAUCAAAAGAGGGUAUAGUCUGCGAAUUUGAUUACGGUAUUCCUGGGCACUCAAAAAACGUAUAUUUGGAAAGCAUAAAAAAAUUUGAGAAUCUAAAACAUUGUGUCCAAGAUAAUGUUCAUUUGCUACAUUCGGUGAACACUUUAUAUCAAGACAUAGUCAAGCAAGAAUUAGAUGUGGAGGAUCAGUUGAAGAGUCGCUUAUUGAAAGCAAAUGAUAGGUGGCAUAAAUUAUAUAAGAACAUCAUUGAUGUUCUGGAGUAUACUGGGAAUGUAUUACAAAUGUGGGAAGAAUAUGAUAAAGUGAAAGAACAUCUACUUCUCUUCCUUACUGAAACAGAUCUUAAAUUAACCGAAUUGGAGAACUCAGAUGCUAUAUCGGAAGAGAUGUGUGCUAGGAUUUUGAAUGAAUUCAAAACUCAUGAAGAUGAAUAUCAGAGGUUUGUUGAUUUGUCUUGCCAUCUUAAAAAGCAAAGUGAAUGUUCGGUUUCUUUGUUUAAUUCAGAUGUCGAUGAAGUUUAUAAAUACUGGAAAGAAUUAUAUAAUCGUCUUAAAAAAUUCAAGUCCACUUCUGAAGAUCAUAAAAAACUGUCAACCUUUUUUGCCCCAUGCACCCCUCACACUGUUGGUAGACAGUUAUUCCAUUUUUCUCUUCCAAAACUCCAAAAAAUGAUUGUUGAGCAUGGUGAAUCUUCAUUAAUGGGUGGAAAUGAAGAAAAUAUACUUAAAGGUCAUAACUGUAUUAUAACUAGUCAAAGUAUGGAAGAAGUUUCGCAAGUUAAAGAUAAUUCUACCCAGCAUACUGAAUGUCUUACAGAUCAGACUAGAAGUCAGGAAACCUUAGCAAAAGGAAUCUGCCAGUUAAAGGAAGCUGUUGAUAAUGCUGAAGUAGAAUCUCCAAAAUUAUCAUAUUCUAGAAGUCUUGUAGGAGAAAAUGUUGCAGUUUCUGAAGUAAAAGGAUUUCAAGAUGUGUCAGAUGAAAGAGCAAAAGAGUACAUAAAAGAUUUAGUGGCUGCUUUAAAGGAGGCCGAAGAGAGAAUGGAUGCAUUAGAGAUCGUGCUGUCUGAGCUAACUCCAAGUGGAAUUGAUGAUGAUGACCAUGGCCCUAAUUUUUCACGUCUCUUAGCUGCCUGUCGAUCCAGCAUGGAUGUUAUACAACAUUUGAGUCACCUUCUGCUUGAGGAUAUUUCCAAUAACAGGAGUAGAAAUGUGAAGCAUAUAUAUGCCCAAGCUGAAACGUUGAUACUUCGUUGGGAGCAAAUUGAAAAAGCUACAUUGAGCAAAGAAUUGCGUGCUGCAGAAAACACCAAGAAAUGGCAGCAGUUUUCAAAAGACUUGAGAGAAAUUGAGAAAUGGUUACAAACUGCUCUUGACUUUCAUUCUUCUGAAACAGAAGGUGAUGUUGACAUGGAAAAACUACUUACUCUUGUACAAAAACAUAAGAAACUGAUUACUCAGAUAUGGUCCAGGAAAACAACUAUAUUAAAUCUAAAUAUGACUGGGAAGAAAUACCUGGCAUCUUCAAAACACAAAAAAUUAUUAGCUGUCAAUGAAAGAAUUAAGGCUGUCAAUGACCAUUGGGAUAGAGUGUAUAAUGCUGCACUGGCAUGGCAAAACAAAUUACAGUCUGAACUUAUUCAAAGCUCUGAAUUCCAGAAUACGAUAUAUGAAAUGGAAUUAUGGUUAAAAGAGUCAAAACAAAAAAUUGACUCAAUGUCUUCAGCCUCUGCUGCUUCUAAUGAAAUUCUGCACAAGCAACAUACAGAAUUUUUUGCUCUAAAACAACAUUUGGAAAACUGCUGUGUGAGAGUGCAAACAUUGUUAGAUGUGUCAGAUCAUCUUUUUGGAGGUGAACUUGUUUCUGGACAGUCUGAACCCUUUCAUAAUGAGAUCUCUGAAAUUCAGCAGAGGCUAAAAUCCAUAUUGAAAACUUCUCAAUGUCUUCUUCAACUAUGCACUGAGAAAUUAACUUUUCUUUCCAGUGUAUUAGGAAACAAAAAGAGUAUAUCUACAUCACAAAAGGUCUCACAGAUGGCUGGUUUCUCACCAUCAGUUGAUGAUGAUAGACCAGCCACAAUUCGACGAUGUUGCAGUUUCUUACUAAGAGUUGCAAGAGCUUCUUUUCCAAUCCAAGCAAUUUUGUUACUCCUUGUUGGGGCUGCUAUCUUCAUGCCUUUAGAAGAGGAGGAAGAAUUAAGUUGUCGAUUAUCAAACAGUUUUGCUAGCUCUCUGAAUCCAAUGCUUCGUUAUCCAGAUGGCCCACCUCCUGUAUAGUAUUGGAAAGGAAUAAAUACUGUUUAUUACUUUACCCCCCCCCUUUGUAAAAUACUAGGUAUGUGUAAAAUUGUCAACUGCAGGAGUUUAGAAUGUUGUUGAUAUAAUUUUCUAUAAUUUUUCAUUUUAAUGGUGAAUGACAAGUGCAUUAUGAACCAGCAUAAAAGAUUUCACAGUAUGUAUGGUUUAGUCAUGCACCUCCGUCCCCCCCCCUUCAAACUGCACAUUAUGUUAAAGUAAAUUAAAUUGAAAAUAAUAUUGUUUUUAAAAAUUAUAGUUUUGAUAUAAGCUCAAUUGUAUAUGUAUAUAUAUCUAAAUCUGAAAGUUUCCUUUUCCAUGGCAGGUACAUGAGAGAUGGAAUUUACUAAUCAGAAAAUUAAUUUUAAUUAGUAUCCCUUUUCACGUUAGAAAUGUAUUUCUAGUUGAAGCAUUGCCAUUAAUAAUUAUAUGUUAUAACAUAAUAAUUGUUGGUUGUGAUAUCUUAAAUGUUUUGUCUUUCAAUCAUGUUCAUUUUAUUACUGUUUUAAAAAUUAUUAAAUUUUUUAAUUUUAUUAGAUGUGCUAAUUAUAGGUGCUAAUUUAACGUUUUAUUUCAACUUGGUGCUUUCUACUUAUGAAAUUAUAUAAGAUGAUGUAUAUUACUGUACAAAAACUAAAGAAAAUUUUUCAAAACUACUAAAAGUGCCUAUAUUUGUUUUGGUAUGCAUGGCAUGACAUGCAUGAAUUUUUAUGUGAUCUGCAGUGUAGUUAACAUAUUCAUGAAAAUCAUUGUAGGUGCAUUUGCAGAAGAAUUGUUACUAGUUGUAUUGAGAAUGAUGUUUGCUUGUAUGAAAAUAAAUAAAGUCUAUGAAUUUUUAUUAAGCA